CGGCCUCCUCUUCCAACCCCUCCGCCUUUCAGUUGAAAGCCAUGUCCGUCAAAGAUCUCGUAGAGAGCUCCAUCUCGGAGAACAAGAUUGCGAUCUUCUCCAAGUCCUACUGCCCCUACUGCAAGCGCGCCAAGGCUCUCCUCACCUCCAAGUUCCCCGACGUCCCUACCAAGAUCUACGAGCUUGACGAGAUCGAGGAUGGUUCUGCCAUCCAGGACUACCUCCAGGAGAAGACCGGCCAGCGCACCGUGCCCAACAUCUUCAUCAACAACAAGCACGUUGGAGGGUGUGACGCCGUCGUCGGUCUCGACAACUCUGGCAAGCUCGCCAGCCUUGUUUCCGCGUAAGCCGUCUAGGCUCUUUCAACAGCCUGCGGCGUCGUGAUUGGCCCUUUUCUUGUACAGUCCUCAGAGCUCGCGUUUGUAGAUAUCCAGAGAGUCAAUACAGAAGUUAU